UCAAUUUAUUAAUUUCUUUCCCUUCUUCUAAAUUAAUUGACAGUUCCCAUUUCUCUUCAUUCACAAUUCUCAGAAAUUAGAUUUGACCUUUACCUCUCCUUCAGUACGUUUCGGUUGUACGCUUCCCCAUUCCUCUUCUUCCUCCGUCCCCAUUCUCAACUCAGCCGUUCCCACCUACUUAAAAUUCCAUACCCAAUUCAUAAUUUAUUAACUGUAUAAUUCCUUCUAGGGUUUCCAAUUCCGUUGAUUCUUCGAUCGUUCCGUUUUCCAGCCUAAUGGAUUUGGAGGACGAUUUCUAUGUACAAGACUACAAUAACGAAUCGGGAGACGACGGCUCCUACGGUGGAGCCGAUGAUGAAGCUGACGGCAUGGCUGUGUACGAUGAUUUGGAUGCCGAUGGGGACGAUUAUGGGUUUGUCGACUACAAUUCUGAGGAUUCUGAUGAGAAUGUCUACCAUCGACACCAGCAAAAUUAUACAGUUUUGAACGAAGCAGAAAUUCGGCAGCGUCAGGAGGAUGAUAUCAUGACGAUAUCUACAGUGCUUUUCCUUUCAAAGGUGGAAGCUGCUAUCAUACUCCGCUACUAUAAUUGGAAUGUCAAUAGAGUACAUGAAGAAUGGUUUGCAGAUGAGGAGAAUGUACGGAAAGCUGUUGGUUUAUUGGAGAAGCCCACUGUUCGAUUUCCAAAUGGCAAAGAAAUGACUUGUGGGAUAUGUUUUGAUGCCUAUCCUUGUGAUACGUUGCAUGCUGCAGCCUGUGGUCAUCCUUUUUGCGAAUCAUGCUGGACAGGUUAUAUUAGCACAGCCAUCAAUGAUGGUCCUGGAUGUUUGAUGUUGCGAUGUCCUGAUCCACCCUGUCGUGCUGCUGUUGGUCAAGAUAUGAUUAAUGCCUUUGUUUCUGAUGAAGAUAUCAAAAAGUAUUCUCGUUACUUAAUUAGAUCUUACAUUGAAGACAAUAAGAAGACAAAAUGGUGUCCUGCACCAGGAUGUGAUUAUGCUGUGGAUUUUAUCAUGGGGAGUGGAAACUAUGAUGUUACUUGUCUCUGCAAUUAUGGCUUUUGCUGGAAUUGCACAGAGGAAGCUCACCGACCAGUUGCUUGUGGCACUGUGUCCCAGUGGAUAUUGAAAAACAGUGCAGAAUCUGAAAACAUGAAUUGGUAGGGGAAAGGAUUUACCCUAUUAUCUUAAGUUGUUUAGUUGGCCAAAAAUAAUUUUCUCGAGUUGUAUAAUAUAGACCGUGUGGUACCUGGGAAGUCUUUAAAUUGCAUAGAAAGUUUGUAUCUAGGAAGUCUGUAUAUUUCAUAAGAAGUUUCCUAUUAUCUUGAAUUUUUUGUCAAUACAAUGUCUUUGUAUUC